AUGCAGGACCCCGUUGAGGGCUUAGGUGGGAGAGCGGGGGUCGAAGAAGGCGAGGAUGGCCAACGGAGGCCUCAAGCUCCGGAUGCCCAGGCUGGCUCUCGAAGUUCAGCGACUGAAGGUGACCAUGGCAACUUCCCUCGGAGUUGCCCACAGGGCUCCGGGAGGCUGGCCGCUCCUAGGACCCCGGCCGCUCCCGGCGGUCAGGCCGCUCUGGGCGGGCCCGGCCCGGGGAGUGCUGCAGGGUCCGGAGCGGCGGCUGCAGAGGCCGCCGUCAUCGCCCACGGCGAGCAGGCGCCGCUCGUCCCGGGACCCAGCGGAGACACCGCGUCGACGACCGGGAGUCGGCUCCUGGAGUUCUCCGUGACCGUGCCUUUCCGGACCGCGGUGGAGGCGGACAUGGCCCGCAGGUCCCUGGUCGCCAACGCCCGUCGCCAGCAAGUGAUGGUUCAGCAGGAGUUCACAGUGAAUGAUAGUAUCCUGGCCGUUAGGUGGACCACCGAAGACCCCGUCCUCUUCCGCAUCUCCAUCAACAGUUUCCUCGACCAGCUCUCCCUGGUGAUGAGAAACAUUCAGCGCCUGGAGUUCGUGGCCAUCGUCAAACGGGGACGAGGAAGGAGUCGCGAAUCCUAA